AUGGGUUUCGUUAAUACUCUAACGCAGGCAUCCGAUCAGGAGAACCAGAGGCUGAGGGCCAGUCCUCAGGUCUUCAAGUUGUUUGUCCUAAUACUAUUUGUCCUGCUUGUACUCAAAAUCCGCAGGCACCGAGCGAACAGAAUCACCAACCAAUACGGCAGGCAAAUCUGCGAGCUUCAUGGAGACGCCCGCGUGGCGAAGUUCGCUUUCAGCAAGCAGCUCUCCGAUCAGGGCAAGGCUCUCGCUGGAGACGAGCCGUUUAUCAUCCGCAAUGGUCGAGCAAGAGAGCUGGUGGUGACCAAGCCAGAGCACAUUUAUGACUUCUACAAGGGUGAUACUAAGCCCUGCAGCCUCCUCGGCCAUGCGGUCGGCGCAUUAGCAGGAGAAAGAUGGUCAAUGAUCCGUCGCUACUUCGACCCCGCGUUCUCGUUUCAAUCAGCGCGGCAAGCGAUCCCAGAGCUGAGCGCAAGCAUCGACCGGUGGCUUGAUGAUCUGCCAUUGCAAGGAACAGGAACGGGAAAAGGGUUCGCCCUGGAGAUCAAGAAGCCCUGUCGUUUUUUGCCGCUCCGGCUUGCGGCGGAGUUUGUGUAUGGGGAGAUUUUCGAUGAUAAGCUUUUCUCUGCCUUAUUGGACCUAAAUGUCCUCCACGAAGUCAUCCUGCAUGACGUGAUCGCCAACAAACGUCUGGCGACAAGGCUAGGCUGUUGGUUUGACCGUGCAGCCGCCAAACGAAUGGAAGAAUUCCGGUCUAGAUGGAUGGAAUUCAAUCUUGGUAUAAUUCAGUCUGCUCGGGGGGCCUCGAAGGCAUGCCCUGCCGAGCGGAUAUAUCAUGGUGUUGAAAAGGGUGAUCUGAAACUCGAGGAGUUCCUACACACUUUAGAUGAAAUUCUCUUCGCCAACGUCGACGUCAGCUCCGCAGUCCUCGGCACUCUGUUCGAGCAUCUAGCUGUCAAUACAGCUUUCCAGCAGAAGCUUCGAGCGGAGAUUGAGACGCAUAUCCAGACUCGCACUCACACCCCAGACACCGAUAGUGACAUCGAUAUUAAUACCGAGACCGGAAAAUAUCUCUCGAAACAGGAUACACUUAUGAACUUCGCCGUGAUGGAGGCCAUGCGCUUGUCGCCGGCUUUCGAUUGCGACUUUGCAGCAUUCUCCCUUCCUGAAUGUACAGCGGUCCCCAAAGAGAUCGGAGGGUAUCGUGUUCCCGCAAGAUGCCCUGUCGUUAUAGACGCCAAACGUCUGAACGCGGAUCGAGCUACCUGGGGCAAAGACGGCGAUACUUAUCGCCCCGAGCGGUUUCGGGAUAUCCCACCUUCAAAGUCCCGAUACGGAUUCAUGCGGUUUGGUGUUGGGGCGGCGAGUGGACGAUGCCUUGGGAAGCAUUUGGCGGAUACUUUGUUCAAAUUGACCUUGAUAGCAGUUAUUGAACGGUACAGUCUCCACUCAGUGCAUGAUGGGCCAGAAGUCGAACUGAGAGAAGUGGUUGUGAGAGUAUGA